GCAGGCGCAGUGGUUAGCUACUUAUGCUAACAGAUAGACGGAUAAUUCGAUUUAUGGGAAAGCGCGGAUACAGAGGUACAUAAGGUGCUUCUCACUAAUACGUUAAAUUCUUCGACCUAAAAUGAGUCAUCAAAUUGAAGGAUAAACCGGGAAUAAUCAGGAUGGAUGUGGAUCUGUGUGGUGGUGCGGAUGGCACCCGAAGAAACAUGGAUUCAGCUGGUGAAGGGACAAUAGAGAUUGUUCCUUUGGAAAUGUACGACUCGGCCAGAGCAAAAAUAGAUGCCAACCUGCGAUGGCUGUUCGCCAAGGCAUACAGCAUUGACCACAUCCCAGAGGACCUGAGGGAUCCGUUCUACACAGACCAGUAUGACCAGGAGCACAUCAAGCCUCCCGUCCUCCAGCUGCUGCUGUCCUGUGAGCUGUACUGCCGGGUGUGUGCCCUCAUCCUGAAGGCAGACCAGGCCGCCUCGCUGCAGUCACACAUGUCAGUCAUCCAGGCCCUCAGCCGUAAAGGGAUCUACGUCAUGGAGAGUGAUGACGCCCCUGUCAGAGAUGCUGACCUCUCCUGUGUGCCCAUCAAAAUGAGUGCCCACAUGCCCAUGAUCGAUGCCCUAAUGAUGGCCUACACUGUGGAGAUGAUCAGCAUAGAGAAGGUGGUGGCCUGCGUCAAACGCUUCUCCACCUUUAGCGCCUCCAAGGAGCUGCCCUUUGACCUGGAGGACGCCAUGGUCUUCUGGAUCAACAAGGUGAACCUGAAGAUGAGGGAGAUCACAGAGAGAGAGCUGAAGGUCAAGCAGCACCCGCUGGAGUCUCCCAGUCACCAGAAGUCUGAUUUCAUGCACGCCUUGGCCCAAUGCAUGCUGGAGCCAGAGGAGCUGGAGCCCUCCAUAGUGGUGAGGUACCGCAGGGAGCACGCCUUGGGCCGCCAGCUGCCCUUCUUCCCCCUGCUGGAGGAUCUGAUGAGGGACGUGUGUGAUGGUGCCGCCCUCCUCACCGUGGUCCACUAUUACUGCCCUGACCACAUGAAGCUCCACGAUAUUUGUCUGAAGGAGGUGACCUCCAUAGCUGACAGUCUGUACAACAUCCAGCUGCUCAAGCAAUUCUCAAAUGAAUAUCUCAACAAGAGCUUCUACCUAACCAUGGAAGACAUGCUCUACUCUCCACUGGUUCUCAAGCACAAUGUGAUGGUGUUCAUCGCUGAGCUCUUCUGGUGGUUUGAGACCGUCAAGCCAGAGUUUGUCCAACCCAGGAUGGAGGAGUUCAGAGAUGCCCGAGCCAUGGCUCAGCCGAAGAGUGCCCGACCCUCAGUGCCCAUCUCCAACGCCACCAAGCGCAGCUUUCAGGUUACCCCUGGCAUCCCAGAGGCCUCUCUGUCUGUUUCUGCCCAGAGCAGCCCUGAUGGCAGGUACUCCCUGUACCCUGCUGAAGGCUCUGACCCUCUUAACAAGGGAGGUCCUGGGGAAGCCUUCAGCCCCUCCCACCCACUCCUCCCCCUAAGGCAGAGACAGCAGCAGGGAGAGGAUGGAUCAGGCAUCAGAAACCGCUCCAACUCCUUGGAGAACAAACAUCCACGAGGCUCAGUGCAGGCCUGGUCUGACAGGAGACAGAGGCCGACGUCUACGCUCAACCCGUACACUUUUGGCAUCUCAGCCACUGACAGCGAUGCUGACAUUGCCUCUGGUGACAGUGUGAGUCUGGCCCGCUCCAUCAGUAAAGACAGUCUGGCCUCUAACAUAGCCAACCUCACCCCCAAACACCAGGUUCUCACCCCCCAGGGUCACGCCCAGGUAGGCCGUGCCCCUGUCAGCCCCGCCCCCCGCCGAGUCAACGGUCACGGCCUUCUGGGAAACGUCAAUAUGGAGGAGGCACUUGUGGCCAUGAGGACAGACGGGUCAGCCUCUCUUCCCAGUCAGGGAGAGGCGACGCAGCAAACUGCUGGGGCCGAGCCCAAGGAUUGUUCUUAUUUAGAACCUCUGAUGCCUGCUGUGUUGAAAUCGUCUAAAGAGAAGUCUGUAUACCUGAACAAGGAGGAGGAGAGCGGGGAGGUGGGUCGAUCGCGGGGAGGGGGUUCUAUCCGGAGAGUAGAAGGGGGACCUGAACUUGUGGCAUCGGCCAGGAGGAAAACCCCCACCACCCUAAACCGGACCUACACUCCCACCUCUAGUGGGGAGUUUGACUUGUCUACUGAGAUCUCACUGGCUGGGCCACUCCAGGGACAGGGGGCCUUCAAUCCCAUGGACACAAGCAGUGUGGACCCCGACUCCAGAGUUCCAGCAGGUGGCUUCUACCUCCACUCUGACAGCGAAGACCAGAAGCCUUGGCAGGAGCCAGACCUGGACGAGGCUCAUGAUGAAGACCUUGAUGAAGCCCUCACCACCAAGGACCCAACUAGGCCUAGGAAGACCUUUGACGAGGAGGAGGAGUCAGCCAAGCUUAUGGAGGACCUGAAGGUGAAAGAAAAGAGGGACAAGGACAAAGGGGAUGAUUGUAGUAGCGGUCGCUCGAGCCCCUGUCUCAGCACCCACUCCCAGGCCAGCAGCCUAGCCAGCGGCAGCGUACGCAUGACCAGCUUCGCUGAGCGCAAGGCCCAGCAGCGCUUUGGCAGCAGCCAGGACCUGCGAACCAGUGCCUCCAGCUCCCAAAGGACCACCCCGGAUGGCUCUGAGUGCAGCGGGCCCCUGUCCCUGCCCACCUCCCGGAGGCUGAAGAUGGACCAGAGCCCCUCCAUGCCCCAGGGGGGGCGGGGAGACGGGGGGACCAACAUGCUGGCUUCUGAGCUGGUUCAGCUCCACAUGCAGCUAGAGGAGAAGAGGAAGGCCAUUGAGCACCAGAAGAAGAAGAUGGAGAUGCUGUCAGCCAGGCAGAGACAGAAGCUGGGCAAGGCAGCCUUUCUGCACAUUGUCAAGAAGGGCAAGAGCGACACCCUGCCCCACCCGCUCAAAACAAACUACUGCAAAGAAGAACUCAAUGGGGACAAAGGGGGAAGCUCAAAAGACGACUCUUGCGUGGACGCUCUGAGUGGGGCCACAGAGACUGAGUCUGCCACCUCGCCGGUCCCAGAUGCCUUAGAGACGGUGGACAAGAAGGGCAGCUGUAGUCCUGGUCUGCUGCUGGAUGAAGAGCUGGACUUGGAUGAGUGUAACCGCUCCAUUGAGAUGCUGAAUGACGCCAUCGGCAGCAUCCAGCAGCAGAUGAUGCAGCUUUCCCUCCAGCAGGACCUGCUGAUGAAACAGAACGUACAGUCCCCUCCCAGGGUCCCGUCUCCCUGCUCAGUCAAUGAGAAGACCAGCGGAUCUGAACCUAAGGCCCGACCUGCCGUCCACUUUGUGGAUUUGGGCAGCGGCGCACCAACCACCGGCACCGCUCCAUCCAGGAAACCCCCCAAGCUGAGUUCGGCCCGUGGCCCCAGGACCAAGACCUCAGAGCUGAAGCUGGCCAAAGAGCACGGCAGGCCGGGCCUGGCAUCAAGCAGGGCUAUCACCCCCCCCCACAGCCUGGAGACCCUGCCUCACCUGAGGCAGUUUCCUGGGGGCAGGUCCCCCAGGGCGGACCACCCCGACGUCAGCUCCAAAACCCCAUCUGCAGGUGGAGAGACAAUCAGUGGGCAGGACAAGCCUGGACGUCGUGCCACCUUCAGGCUCCACGACGAGGCUAACCUGCGCACAGCGGCCCAUAUCGAACCAGUGGUCGUCACCCCAGAAGUGUCCUUUGAGCCGUGCCUGUCCAGUACCCUGAGGGAGGGGGAGCUGAACUCCUCCGACGGCUCGGGGAAGGAGAACAUCCCCUUGGAGGAAGUGUCGAGGAGCAAAGCCCCCCUGAUCGAGGUGGACCUGUCAGACCUGAAGGACCCAGAGGAGAUGGAGGGAGACGGGGGGCAGGACAGCACCAUGGAUGGGGAGGAAGGGGAACAGAAGUCUGGCCUGGGAUUCUUCUUCAAGGAUGAACAGAAGGCAGAGGAUGAACUGGCUAAGAAGAGAGCAGCUUUUCUCAUAAGGCAGCAGAAGAAGGCUGAGGAGACCCGGCUACGAAAAAUGCAGCUGGAGGCUGAGACUGAACAGAAACGGGAAGAGGCCAGGCGGAAGGCGGAGGAGGACCGGAUGAGGAAGGAGGAGGAGAAGGCCCGUAGGGAGCUCAUCAAGGAGCAGUACCUGAGGAGGAAGCAGCAGGAGUUGAUGGAGGAACAGGGCCUGGGCAGCCCCGCCAAACCCAAGACUGCUAAGCCCAAGCCCAAGAAACUCAGUCACCAGACUCACAGACCCAAGUCUGCGUUCAGCAGAGAGGAGAUCUCUAGCGACACCUUCUCCUCCAAGGGCUCUUCUUCCACACCUGACAACCUGAGCAGUGUCCAGUCAGGCUCCAGUCUCUCCCUGGCCUCUGCUGCCACCACCGAGGCAGACAGCGUCAACUCUGGAGUGCCAGGCUCCCAACGGGGUGAGUCUGUGGAGUCGUUCCCAGGCCUGAGUCGGAACGCCAGUCGGAACACUGACAGAGACUGGGACAACGGAUCCACUGCGUCUUCCAUCACCUCCAUGGCAGAAUACACUGGUCCCAAGCUGUUCAGGGAGCCCAGUUCCAAGUCCAACAAGCCAAUUAUCUUCAAUGCCAUCUCCCAUUGCUGCCUCGCUGGCAAAGUCAACGAACCCCAGAAGAACACCCUUCUAGAGGAGCUGGAGAGAGUAGAUGCACACCACCUGAUGAUCCUGUUCAGGGAUGGGGGCUGCCAGUUCCGGGGGGUCUACUCCUACUUCCCAGACACGGAGGAGAUCCUCAAGCUGACCGGCACGGGCCCCAAGAGCAUUAGCAAGAAGAUGAUCGACAAGCUUUACAAGUACAGCUCGGACCGCAAGCAGUUCACUGUCAUCCCCGCUAAGACCGUGUCGGUUAGCAUAGACGCCAUCACCAUCCACAACCACCUGUGGCAGGCCAAGAGAACCACUGUGCCAAAGAAGAGUGGGAAAUAACCUGGGGAGGCCCCUGGAACUCACCCUGGGGAACCCCUCCUAGGGUCCAUUCCACCAUGCUCUGCUGGAUAGACUGCAUUGACGUCCACAGCCAAUGAAACUCCCCCUCUAUCAAGGAUGGCCAGACACGUGGCUCCUUCAGUUCACACUGUGGGGGCAUGUAUCAAUGGAUACAUGUACUGGUGGCCUGCCAGUGACAUUGUCAUCUGUCGGGAUCUCCAUGUGUUCUGUUCAGGUUGUUCGUUGAUGGAUUCAUUCGGUUCGGUUUUUCUAAAGACUAAGAGAAACGUGUCAUUUUUUCAUGUGGUGGAUGUCUUUUUACUUGAAGUAUUUAUUGUUUUGUCACUGAAAUGGUUGAGCUCCGCUGCAGCAAAAUACGCUAUGGCUUCCCUCUCUUGUUUGAGUCCAUUUGAGUGGGUGGGUGGUUCUCUCACACUAUGACCCAUUUAAACCCCCCAUCCUCCUCUCUCUUGUUGGAGGGGGUAGGUGGUUCUCAAUCUCUCCACUUCAAAAUCUGACCUGAGAUGACCAGCUUACGUUCUUUUAGGACUUCUAGGACCAGUAUUCUGCAACAAAUCAAUCUCCAGUAUAACUAGCUACCAGACAAGCAUUGCCAACUUUGCCUCUCCUGUUCUCUCUGUCCAAUGUGCUGCUCUGAACUGUCUCCUGUUUGUUACUGGGCUCCCAGACCAUCCACUGGCCUUCUAUAAGCAUCAUACUGCUACUAUCAACUGUCUAUUUAUUCAAACUCUUCUAAACUUGCGCAUUGCAGCCCGUCGUAGCACUGUCUAUCUGGGAUGUAGAAUGGUGGCGAUUGUUUUUAAACUACUCAUCUAGUCUCCGUUAGGCCUUUAAACAAGGGGGUAAAGACGUGCGGGGAACAAUAGGCUCGGGUACUCUUCGAAAUUGUCAUGAUGCUUAUUUUGUAAGUUUUUGUUAUUUUUUAAAUGGAAAACUGUGGUUGGUUAUACAGUAAUCGGCGCUGAUGUGUUAUCUUAACAUUACAUGAAUCGGUAUGGCGUACGUUAGCUAGCUAGAGCUAGUCAUUUCUCUCCACUAGGCACUACUUCCUGUAUAAAGGUGCACUCCACUCAUCACGUUUCAAAGGCUUUUAUCAUGCAAUGUACCACCUCCCUUCUACCACAUGAGGGAUCGGCUACCCACCAUGGGUGGGGUCAUUCCAUUUCAAUUCAAUCAGCUCAGGAAGUAAAAUUACAUUUGUAUUUUUGUUUACUUCCUGAAUUGACGAAAUUGACCCCAACCCUGCUAAGCAAACUUUUCUCCCCUCCCCCAGAGAGCUGCAUGCUCUUGUUCUGAAGAGUGUGUGUUCUGCUGUAACCGGUUUGAAUGACAGUAUUUAAUAUAUUCAUAAUGGGUCACUCUGUGGGACUGUGGUCUAGUUAUUUACCUACCGACCGACAUUAAAGAACAUUCCUGAAAGGUGUCAACAAAUACUGGCACCAUUUUUAUUUUUCUCUCUCUGUCCAAGUGCUUAUUAUUAGAUACCAUAUGUUGGCCUCAAGAACAACUAAGUGUUGCACGUGCACUUUACUCACUGAUUACAGAAAGUGGAAUUCAACUUUAAAAGGGCAUUCAAAAUGUAUUGCAGAAGAAAUAUGGUAUAUUUUUCAUAACUGAACUCCUGUGCACUCAAAACUGAGAAACCUUUCCUGAACUAAAACCAAACACUAAGAUUUAAGAAUGGGUGACCAGUCAACUAAAAUAACAUCCUUCACUAAUACUGCCGUCUCCAAAAAUAUAUAGAGUACUUGAUUAUAAUUUUCUGCAUUUGAUUUAUUUUUUUAUAGAUAUUUUGUAUGUUAGUGUUUUUGUCUACUAAAAUAUUAUAUUGUCAUUAAUCACUGUGUGUGUACUUCCCAUCCCUGUUCAUUUGACUAUUUCUUUGAGAUCAUACCAUCUAUUUAUUUUUAAAUGGAAGCACUGAAUACAAUUUUAAAGUUAUUAAAACACAUUUCAAUCC